AUGAUCUCUGUGAACCUGAGCUACAGACACCUGUGCACGGGGGACAGGGGGGAGAUUGGGGACAGGGGUGAGACGUCGGACAAGGGUGAGACCGGGGACAGGGGGGAGACGGGGGAUAGGGGUGAGACGUUGGACAGGGGUGAGACCAGGGAGAGGGGGGAGACGGGACACAGGGGUGAGACGUUGGACAGGGGUGAGACCGGGGAGAGGGGGGAGACAGGGGACAGGGGGGACAUCCAGGAUGCGCUGGACUCGGCCAACCACAGCUGGGCACAGGCCUUCACCUCGCUCCAGGACUGGGAGCAGCGGCUAUAUCACAAGCUCUGCAAGUGCCAGGAUUUCCACCAGGCGCUCCAGGACCUGCUGCUGUGGCUGUCUCAGAGUGAAGCACAACUGUACUCUGUGAACCUCAGAGACCAGACUCUGACCAGAGAAGGCCUGCUCAAACACCAACACACACUCACGGUCCUGGACUCUCUCCUGCGCUCUCGUCGGCCCGAGGUGCUCUCUCUUGUCUCUCUCGGGGGUGAGUUACUCAGAGACUGUUGUUCGGGCGUCGGCCUCGAGGCCAAAGAGAAACUGGAAGUGAUACACAACAAGAUGAAACUACUGCAACAACAGACACACAACGAGAGAAGGGCUCUACACACACGACUGAAGGAGCUCAGACCUUCCGCUGCUACAGACGCACCGACCGCCAAAAGGUCGAGCUCCUCCCUGCCUCAGCAUCUUCUCCUCCUGCUCCUCCUGCUCCUACUGGUCCUCCGGCUCCUCCUCUCCUCUCAGAACUCCUCACACUGCUCUCAGUCCUUCGCUCUCUCCUUCUCCCCCGCCCUCAGCUACACCAACGGCCCGCCCCCUACGUGA